AUGAGCCCCACGAACCUGCGUCCGUCCGUCCCUGACACUGCCUGGACACGCGUGACCGCUGCGCUGAGCAGUAGUUGUCGACCCCCGACGACGACGUCACGCGCCCCGCUGUUCAGCGCCUGGUCAGACUUUGUACCUGCCAAGUUCCUUGCAGUCACUAGUGCGGCUGCUUUGGGAUACUAUGUCGACCAGAAGCUGCUGCUGUCGUCCGACGUGCGGCGCUCUCGGGCACUGGUGCUGGCGCUGCUCCAGGCCAAGCGGUACGCCCGGGACAAUACGCUCGUCGUGGACCUCUUUGAGCAAAGUGCGGCCAAGUGGCCGCACAAGAGCUGUCUCCAGUGUGACGCGCGCGUACUGACCUUUGCACAGGCCGACGAAGCUAUGAACCGCGUCGCGCAGUGGGGCCUCGCGCACCACUUGCAAGUGGGUCAGACCGUUGCAUUGCUCAUGGAAAACCGACUCGAGUUCAUCCUCGUGUGGCUCGGCUUGGCCAAGAUUGGCGUCGUCACGGCCCUCUUAAACACCAACUUGCCACCCGCUGGACUCGUGCACUGUGCGACGAUUGCCGACGCCCGGUACAUGAUCGUGGGCAAAGAGCUUGCGCGGCACCUCCCGCACGUGGCGGCUCAAUUACCACACGUGGUCUACUACAUCUACGGCAAUGGUGACCUCACUGCCGACGCUGCUGCUGCAUAUGUGCCGCAAGCCCUGUCGCUCGAUGCAGAGCUGCAGACGAUGAACACGGAGCAACCGCCGCAGUCGAUUCGCAAAGAGGCCAACAUCGCGACGUCCGACAUGGCGUUACUCAUUUACACGAGCGGGACAACCGGACUGCCCAAAGCUGCGCGAGUGAACCACUUCAGCAUCAUCUUGCGCUCGCUCGCGAUCAAGUGCUCGAUGGAAUUGUCCAUGAACGACCGACUGUAUUGUGCGCUGCCGCUGUAUCACACGUCUGGUGGCAACUUGGCUGUCGGGAUGAUGAUUUGUUCCGGUGCAACGCUGUGUAUCUCGCGACGGUUCUCGGCCAGCAAGUUUUGGGACGAAGUGCGGGCGAAUGACUGCACGGUGAUCCAGUACAUUGGCGAGAUGUGUCGGUACUUGCUCAACGCACCAGCAGUAGCAAACGACAAGGAGAACCGCGUUCGUGCUGCGUUUGGGAACGGAUUGCGCCCCGAUGUGUGGGCGCCUUUUCAAGACCGGUUUGGUAUUCCGUCCGUGUAUGAAUUCUAUGGCUCGACCGAGGGACCGAUGGGUAUGAUCAAUGCUUGUACGUCGAAAGCCGAUCAGGGACAUCUCGGUCGUCGGGGCUUUCUCGUGAAUACGUUUGCAGGCAUUGCAAUCGUCAAGUACGACGUGGAACAGGACGACUACGUGCGGUCGAGUAAAGGAUUCCUUCAGCGAUGUGCUACGAAUGAAACGGGUGAGCUCAUUGUCAGAGUGAGCGAGACCGAUCCCGAGCGAGGGUUCCAGGGCUACUAUCGCAACACCAACGAGUCUCGCAAGAAGGUGCUCACGGAUGUGUUCAAGAAGGGAGACAUGUACUUUCGAACGGGUGACCUGUUUCGAGAAGACGAACGACAUUGCUGGCACUUUGUUGACCGCGUGGGCGAUACGUUUCGGUGGAAGGGCGAAAACGUGGCCACCAAUGAAGUCGAAGAGGCCGUGUCGCAGUUCCCUGGGCUGAACGAGAUUUGCGUCUAUGGGGUCACGGUCCCGGGUCGCGAAGGACGGGCGUGCAUGGCGGCGAUGGUUUUUGACGAAAAGGCAUUUGACAUUCGAGCGUUUGCACAAUUUGUGAAGCAGCGACUGCCAUCGUACGCCAUGCCGCUAUUUCUUCGCAAGCUACCGGUCAUGUCGGUCACGGGCACGAUGAAGCAACAAAAGGCAAAGCUGCGUAAGGAGGGGAUGAACCCAUCGGACAUUGCAGACCGUCUCUGGGUGUUCAAUCGCGACGAGGACAACUACGAGUUGCUGACGAGCGGAAAUUACCACCAAUUGGUUAUGACUUCUCGUCUAUAA